AUGAUUAGAGAGGGAGCCGGCGAGGUACAGCGGCACCUAAGACACACUUUAGAGUCUCUUCACGACCAUGAGUACUUUAAAUCGCCGCGCGGACCACAAGAGCGCAGCGAAAUGGACAAGGUAUUGCGGUCUUUUGUAUUUCGAUACCUAUACUACGUUCUAUCCGAUAACGGGCGGCUCUUGCCCCAUCUAUUUGCGGGUGCACCAAAAGACAAGUUUCCGACGUCGGUGGAGGACGCGAUGCAAGUGGACUCGCCUUCGUUGUCGAAGGCAGACAUUUUCUAUGCGAUCGAUGAAAUAACUGGCGCAAAAAGCCAUCGACACACGGGACGGAACUGUGGGAGAGCUUUUCAGCCAGGUGAACCCCUAUACCGCUGCCAGGAAUGUGCAUACGAUGAUACGUGUGUACUUUGCAUCAGCUGUUUCAACCCGGAUGACCAUGUGAACCAUCAUGUCUCGACUCACAUCUGCAACGAGCUUCAUGAUGGUAUCUGUGACUGUGGUGACGCUGAAGCGUGGAACGUGCCGUUGCAUUGUAAAGCUGAGGAAGAUGAUAGCGAUGGAGACGAAGAGGAUUCGGUGUUUGAGAACGACUACAAUAUGGAGCUAUUUGAGGCCGUCCUUGAAGAGUUAUUUGAUCACUUCAUUGAAGUAUUCAAUCAGAAUAUAGAACCUUUACCGACAAUUCAAAAGGAUUUGACAAUGAAGUUGCGAGAAAUUAUACAGGAUGGGAAAACUCAGGAGAAAUUUGAGUUGUUAAGCGCGUUGGCGUAUAGGAAUCAGUAUAUGGAAGCUCAGAAGCCGUCAAGUGGCCCUGCCUCCUUUGAGACCGAGCAAGAUCUUGAUAAGAAACUAGAUGGAUAUGUGGUUUUAAUAUACAAUGAUGAAUACCACAAUUUCUCCCAGGCAACGUCUGCUUUAAGGCAAGGCGGGCCAGAUAAUAAGCAUACUGACCAACUUACUGCGCGUAUAGAUGGAGAGGGCCGUGCUAUGUUAAAGUGUUCCCGCGAUCUGUCUGCAGUCAUAGGAGGCUUUUUCUCGGUACAGACCAAUGGACUCAGCGCCACAUUAACCCCUUGGUCAGAGUAUAUUCACCAGGAAGCUUGUAAAUAUAUGAUUCAUUGGGUCAAAAACUGCUUAUCUAUCCCAAAUCCAUCCUUCCAAAAGGUCUUCCGGGAAGCAAUGGGCAAAGUACUAUGCUCGGAAUAUAUUCGUGCAAGCGAGACGACUGAUAUGACACCGGUAAUAGAUAAGUAUUUCAUUCCUGACAGAAGAAAUACAGGCUGUCACAUCUACGCCGAUUUAUCUGUAUUAGGGAAAGGCAAUGUCAUUCCACUCGGCCACCAUAAGGUCUUGCUUCAAGAAAGCCUUAAUGAAAUUGCCUUGAACCUUAACAAUUACGAAGAACUCAAAUACAGACGGUAUUCAAACAGUCGGUUACAGCAAAUAUUAUUUUUUGACAAUAGAUAUUGGAAGAAGUUGAGAAAGGAUAUAAGGCGAGCUGUUAUUCCGACAUUGGCAUCAUCCGUGAAGUACAAACCCACUUUUAGCCAACAGGUUGUUGAAAUUUUUAACCAUAUGACCCGCUCGGUUGCCUUUAUGGAUCGAGAACCUCAACUCAGUGCCUUGGCAGAUUGUGUGGUACAGCUUUUUACUUGCCCAACAACUGUUCGAACUAUUUUCGAAAACGAAAACUUUCCUGAUAUAAUGUGGUCUGUUAUCGAUAUCUUUACGGAGUUCUCAAAAGUUGAUGAUGGUAUUUUACUAUGGCAGCGAGUCCAGAAGAGUAACCCAAGCAAAUCUUACAGUUACUCCUUUAAACAUGGACUUUAUGCCGUUGAAACUUUAUUAAGCAAGGUGGAAAACGCAAAUCUCAUACUGAGACCCCCUGAGUUCAUAUCGAUUGUGACCUUAUGCAAGCUAUUCAAUGGCGCUUGGAGGAUUAAACGUAAAGAGGGUGAACAUGUCUUAAGGGAAGACCAACAUUUCAUAUUGUACUUGGAAUACACCACUUCUAUCUACAAUAUCAUUAGGGCAAUGAACCGCGUUUUAGAUUCAUCUAGAGCUGCACUAUCUGAGGACACUUUGUUGCAGGCUAUUGGACUCCUAAAUACGUUCUUGGGUCAUAGGACACUACCAUACAAACUGGUACAGGAGGCACAUGAUGUGAUUGCUUUUAAGGUGAGCAAGCAGAAAGUUGCAUUCAUGAACCCUGUACAUACGCUAUUCUCCUGUUUGAUCGAAAAAGUGCCGUUGGCAAAAGCAUUUGAAGCAGUAUCAUCUACUAAAGAUUUUCUCACAAUUGCAGACUUUUCGUUAAGAGCUGCUGUUCUUUGCUCGCAGAUUGAUGUGGGCUUCUGGGUUAGAAAUGGAAUGUCUGUUUUACAUCAAUCCGCAUACUACAGAACUAAUCCAGAAAUCAACUCUUAUAGUAGAGACAUUCAUUUGAAUCAAUUGGCGUUUUUAAAGGAAAAUGAUGACCUACCAAGAGUGAUAUACAACCUAUUGGAUAGAUGGGAGCUAUUAGGGUGGUUCACCGGAGCAGAACAGUACGAAACUACAGUUUACGAGGAGAGAAUUACGAAUAUAAUACAACAGUUCAUUGCGUUUGUCUACCAUAUAUUGAGUGAGCGGCAUUUUUUCAGAUAUUUCGGCUCGAGUGCAGAGCGAGAAACACAUACCAUGAAAAAUAUUAUCAUAUACAGUUUGUUAAUGAAACCAUUGCCAUACUCUGAAUUGUUGAAAUCAGUUCCAGAUUAUCUUUCGGAGAAAUUAUCAGUUUUUGAUGAGUGCUUGCAUGAAGUUUCUGAAUAUGUCGAACCAAAGGGUCUUGAGGAUAGCGGGGUUUUUAGUCUAAAGAAGGAGAUGUACAAAAAGAUAGAUCCAUUGAGGCUGCUAAAUAUGAAGAAUGAUUUUGAGCACAGUGCGACAAUUGUCAAGACUCAUUUAGCAGAAGGAUCAAAUGCUGUCGGCCAGGUAGUACUUCAACCUCAGCUUAUUUCGCCGAAGCAUUUAGACGAGUUAGCCGCGCAUUUAGGUGACUUCACAAGGACACAGGUUUUUGCAAAGUUAAUAUACAAACUUUUGCAAGCCUGUAUCGAUCGCGAGGAUGGUACUUACUUAUAUGAGCUCUUACAUUUGUUGCAUGGUAUCUUUAAAGAUGAUGAGCUUCUUCGUGGGAAAAGUUCCAUUCCAGAAGCAUACAUUUCAAAGCCAAUAUGCAACCUCUUAUUGCUCAUUGACACUAAGGCCAAUGUUUUCUCGGAGAACGCUAUCAGAAAGGCUGAUUUCUUGCUUGAACAUAUGAUCCGAAAAAGACAUAACGAUAUCUUUGAAUCAUUGGCAGCAUACUUCGGACAAGACUACGUGGAGCAAUACAAGGCAAAGAAGUUAAACCAAGGUAUAAAUUUCGAGGAAACUGAGAAAGAUCGGAAAAAGAGGCUUGCCAGACUGCGGCAACAAAAAAUUAUGGCGAAGUUUUCAAAACAGCAAGCAAAGUUCGUCAGAUCCAACCCAAACGUGAUUACGGAUGAUUUGUUUGAUGCAGAAGUGCGUACAGGUUCUGAUGGCCUUGUUUGUUCGCUGUGCCAAGAUGAAGAAUCACUCGAUGCUUUUGUAAUCCCUGCUUACCACGAAAGCUCACCUAUUUUCUUCUAUGGUGAUUAUACCCCGCAAAACUUUGCCAAGCCUUGGAAUGGUUUUGUAAAUGACGAUGAUAACUUAACAUUUUACGAUGACUUGAAGCUCUACUCACUUCAGGAGGCACGGAAGGGUAGUACCACGACAUUUGUGUCAUGUAACCACAUUAUCCACUAUGAAUGCUUCAGGAGGUACAUACAAAAGAAAAGGUUUUCCAAUAAUCUAUUUAUCUGUCCUCUAUGCCAAACAUUUUCUAAUUGCGUAUUACCUAUUCCGCACUGGUCGCUGCGCCUUCCAAAAUCGCCUGUUACUGUGGAUCAGCUCCUUUCUCAACCAUCAGAAGAGAAUUUGAUAAACUUAUUUAUCGAUGAUCAAACGCCUAACUCCACUGCUGCCAUGAACAUGCUAAAGGAAGUUUGUAAGAAAAAUGGUAACUACGAUAAAUCAUACGGAAGUGUAUCCCAGGAAUUUGUUACUAGUAUCCUAACGUGCCAUUGGGCAAAUACGAUUUCGAUGAUUGAGAUUGCCUCAAGAAUAGAAAAGAAUACGCACCAAACCCUACUUCAAGGCAAAGAACAAAAGUUCAAGACUUUGCGUGGUGUAUUAAGCGCUAUUGGCUGGUUUUACAAAUGUAUGGGUACGCCAAGGCAAAAAUUUGUACCUUAUGUUUUCCAUGGCGAGGAUGAUGGUCCUGCCAAUCAAGUCUUCCAAUAUAUCGUACACAAAUCCCUAUUUUCAGGCGCACCUGUUUCAGAGACCAUUUCACAUGCGCUCGCUAUCUGGAUACGAACCUUGGCAACUCAAUUCCUCAUCUCCUCCAAUAAAACCGGGUAUGAAAUAACCUACCAUCAAGCCGUUUCUCUUGGCCCUGUCUACGAAGCCCCUCCUGAGUUUACUACUGCCUGCAGUUCUUUGGAUCAGAUAAUAGCCAUAGAAGAUACCACACUUAAAACAAAAAUGGUUGACCUCACCUACACUAUGCUGAUGAAAACUCUACUUCCAACCUUGAGAAGAUGCAUGAUCAUGUUAUAUGUCUUCUCGGGGUUGCUCUCUGCUGAAUCGUGCUUGAGGAUCGAUGGUUUAGACUUGAGCGCAGAUUUGCCAUUUGAGGACCUCCCUUCCUAUUUCCAGAAGCUUGUUACGUUGUUGUGCAAAACUGGCUUUGUCUCGAUCUUCAACAGGUCAACGAUAGAAACAAUGGAUCAUCAGUACUUGAGAAACAUACCGAUGGAGUAUGCAGGCACAGUAAAGUUGGUGGACUUGGCAAAGUACUUGAACACAUACGUGACAAACACCAAGCAGCUCAAGCUCCGUGACGAGGCCACCUCGAUGCAAUCGCGCAACAUCAAGAAUAGGCUGGAUUUCAAGAUAUGUUUGACCUGCGGAGUCAGAGUCUAUUCUCGCAGCGAUGGAACAGAAAUAAUGAAACACAUGGCUAAGAACUGUUUCAAGGCAUACAGCUUGUUUUUGAUCCCCCACGACAGCGAAGUACGCCUUGUGUUGCAACAUCCUCAUUCACAUAUCUCAAUUCCAGCUCCUUACUUGAAUUCCCACGGUGAAUCAGGCAAAAACGCUAUCCAGCGUGGCGAUUUAACCACCCUCAACAUCCAUAGAUAUGAACACUUAAACUACUUGUGGCUCAACAACGAGAUCCCCGGCUACAUCAGUAGAAUUAUGGGCGACGAAUUCCGCGUAUCCAUUAUCUCGAGCGGCGUCGUUUUCAAUUUCGACAGAAAUGUCUUGCGCCGCCAGAUGCGCGCAAACGUUGGCAAUGAGGAGAGCAGCGAAGAGGAGGACCUGAUGGACGACGAUGAGAUGAGUCCUGAUGACGACCCUGAUUUCCGCUGGGAAGUCACCCCUGAGGAGUUCUUCCGCGAUGGUAUUCUCCGACUGGGUGGUGCACCUGGCCAAGGUGGAGAUAUCCGCGACUUCUUUCAGUUUAUUACCAACCUGCGUACAGAUGAUCGCAACGAUAAUAUUCCAACUUUCCAGUUCACAAAUGGCGCCCUAGGACGCAACCAGAACGAUGAUGAUGAUCAGGAUGGCGAUGAGAUACUACCUUGA